ACAGAAGCGCGCGUGCACAGCUGUCAGAACCAAGGACAGCAGCCGGUUUAGCCUGGAGCGACCUUCAAGAGAGCUUGGGAGCGAUCAGCCCUCACUGAGAGCAUUGAGAAGCGGUCUGGGCUGGAGGAGACACCGCAUGGAGAAUGAGAUGAUGCGCAUAAGGACGUUUUCACAGGAGGAAAGUGCAAGAUGAUGAUCGCGCUCAUUCCUCCGCAUUGCACAUAAAUCCGCAGUUUCUCAGUGUUCUCUUUUUCCGGCCACCCACCCUCCAUCUCUCACACCGCCCACUUGCGUCGUGCCUGCCUGCAACCGAGCCGAGCCGCGCUGCUGUCCAGAAGCCGCUCGAGCCGACCCGCCUGCACCGCGGAGAGAAGUGACCGGGCUGAGGGGUUCCGUUUGACGGCGCUGCUGGUGGACAAGAUGCGGCUAUUCCUGUUGGUGGUGCUUUUCUCCUGCUCGUGUGCGCGGGCCGGCUGCGAGCCCAAAAUCGUUAACAUCGGAGCCGUCCUGAGUCAGAAGAGGUACGAGCAGGUUUUCAAAGAUGCCGUGACCCAAGCCAACCAAGUCUACGGAAGGGACAAAUUCAAGCUCACAGCCAUCUCCGUUACGCAUAAACCCAACGCCAUCCAGAUGGCUCUGUCCGUGUGUGAAGACCUCAUCUCCAGUCAGGUCUACGCCAUCCUCGUGAGUCACCCGCCACAGUCCAAUGACCACCUCACUCCGACACCUGUCUCCUACACUGCAGGCUUCUACCGCAUCCCUGUGGUAGGGCUCACCACUCGCAUGUCCAUCUACUCAGACAAGAGUAUCCACCUGUCCUUCCUGCGGACCGUCCCCCCCUACUCCCAUCAAGCGCACGUGUGGUUCGAUCUGAUGCGCGAGUUCAACUGGAACCACAUCAUCCUGAUCGUGAGCGACGACCACGAGGGGCGAGCUGCUCAGAAGAGGCUGGAGACACUCCUGGAGGAGAGAGAAACCAAGAAUAAAAAAAGGAACUAUGAAAACCUCGACCAACUGUCCUAUGACAACAAGCGAGGACCUAAGGCAGAGAAAGUCCUCCAGUUCAGCCAGGAUACCAACUUAACGGCCCUGCUGCUGGAGGCCAAAGAACUGGAGGCUCGAGUCAUCAUCCUUUCCGCCAGCGAGGAAGAUGCCGCCGCCGUGUACAAGGCUGCCCGUUUCCUCAACAUGACAGGCUCCGGCUACGUGUGGCUGGUGGGCGAGCGGGAGAUGUCGGGUAAAGCGCUGAGCGAGGCGCCAGACGGUCUCAUCGGACUGCAGCUCAUCAACGGGAAGAACGAGUCGGCUCACAUCAAUGAUGCCGUGGCAGUGGUGGCACAGUCCAUCCAGGAACUCUUUGAGAAGGAAAAUAUCACUGAGCCUCCGAGAGGAUGUGUGGGCAACACCAACAUCUGGAAAACAGGGCCUCUCUUCAAACGGGUGCUCAUGUCAUCUAAAUACCCAGAGGGCCUCACAGGACGCGUGGAGUUCAAUGACGAUGGCGACCGGAAGUACGCCCACUACAGUAUUCUCAACUACCAGAAGAGUCGACUCAUUCAAGUCGGCGUUUAUAAUGGGACGCAGGUGGUAAUGAACAAUCAGCGAAAGAUUAUCUGGCCCGGCGGGGAGACCGAAAAACCACAAGGCUUCCAGAUGUCUACUCGAUUAAAGAUAGUGACCAUACACCAGGAGCCAUUUGUGUAUGUGAAACCCACUAUGCCGGAUGGAACAUGCAAAGAGGAAAUGACAUUAAAUGGAGUCUUAAUUAAAAAGGUUAUCUGCACUGGGCCUAAUGAGACCAUCCCAGGUAACACAUCAGGACGGCCAAUUGUCCCACAGUGUUGUUAUGGAUUCUGCAUUGAUCUCCUGAUCAAGCUGGCUAUGACCAUGAACUUUACCUAUGAGGUUCAUCUGGUGGCUGAUGGGAAAUUUGGAACCCAGGAGCGGGUGAACAACAGUAAUAAGAAAGAGUGGAAUGGCAUGAUGGGAGAGCUCCUGGGGGGCCUGGCUGAUAUGAUUGUCGCCCCGCUGACAAUAAACAACGAACGAGCACAGUACAUUGAAUUCUCCAAACCCUUCAAAUAUCAAGGUCUAACCAUCCUUGUUAAAAAGGAAAUUCCUCGCAGUACGCUGGACUCGUUCAUGCAGCCGUUCCAAAGCACACUUUGGCUGCUGGUGGGUCUUUCGGUGCAUGUGGUGGCGGUGAUGCUUUACCUACUAGACCGGUUCAGCCCGUUUGGAAGAUUUAAAGUAAACAGUGAAGAAGAAGAAGAAGAUGCCCUCACCUUGUCAUCUGCCAUGUGGUUCUCCUGGGGAGUAUUGCUGAACUCUGGAAUUGGAGAAGGUGCGCCUCGCAGCUUCUCAGCGAGAAUCCUGGGUAUGGUGUGGGCUGGUUUUGCUAUGAUCAUUGUGGCUUCCUAUACUGCCAACCUGGCUGCCUUCCUGGUGCUGGACCGGCCUGAGGAGCGCAUCACCGGCAUCAAUGACCCAAGGCUGAGAAACCCAUCGGACAAGUUCAUUUACGCCACGGUGAAGCAGAGCUCCGUGGAUAUCUACUUCCGGCGGCAGGUGGAGCUUAGCACCAUGUACCGCCACAUGGAGAAGCACAACUAUGAGAGUGCCGCCGAGGCCAUCCAGGCAGUGCGUGACAACAAGCUGCAUGCUUUCAUCUGGGACUCUGCGGUGCUGGAGUUUGAAGCCUCGCAGAAGUGUGACCUGGUGACCACGGGAGAGCUGUUUUUCCGUUCGGGCUUUGGCAUAGGCAUGCGCAAGGACAGCCCCUGGAAACAGAAUGUGUCCCUGGCCAUUCUCAGUUCUCAUGAGAAUGGCUUCAUGGAAGACCUAGAUAAAACCUGGGUGAGAUACCAGGAGUGUGACUCACGGAGCAAUGCCCCAGCCACACUCACCUUUGAAAACAUGGCAGGGGUCUUCAUGCUGGUGGCUGGAGGCAUAGCAGCGGGGAUCUUCCUCAUCUUCAUCGAAAUAGCCUAUAAGCGCCAUAAAGACGCCCGCAGGAAGCAGAUGCAGCUCGCCUUUGCGGCCGUUAAUGUUUGGAGGAAGAACCUACAGCCCUCUUCCUCUCUAGAGACUCAGGAUGAUAGGAAAAGUGGUAGAGCAGAGCCCGACCCCAAAAAGAAAGCCUCUUUUAGGUCCAUCAGUACCACCCUGGCUUCCAGCAUCAAGAGACGUAGGUCCUCCAAAGACACGCAGUACCCCCCCACUGACAUCACAGGACAACUCAACUUGUCUGACCCGUCCGUCAGCACUGUGGUGUAAGGGAGCGUCGCCCUCUCACCCACUUAAGGAGAGAGGAAACGAGAGGAAGGUGACUUGACAGGAGACGUGUCUCCUUCAUCACUUCACUGAUAGCCAGGGGAUCCUUUCGAGGAGCUGAAGUUGCACCUUCUUAAAUGUCAGGAUUACCUGGCCAUAGAUGUUUAUAGGGUCCCUGAGCAUGCACGGAGCCAUCCGACUCACAUACACAGCCUUUUUUUCCAGAUGUAUAUUACUGCGUGACGUAUUUAACCUUCUUUUCUGUAAUUCCGUAGACUAAACCUUUGUUGUUCACUCCGAUUUCUUGACCUGCCUCAUAGCUUUCAGGCGUAGUUAAGGUGCAUUAAUGAAUAAGCCGGUUUUAAUGCAAGUACUGUACUUGACAUAUCACUUCAAACUAGGGCCUAGAAACCACUGUAAUAUUUAGGGUUUUUUUCUGGCACAUAUCAUACACUAAGUACUGUAAGCUUCCAUUGAUAUAAGCAUCAUUUUUGUGUUUCUGCAUAUAUUUUAAACAUAGUUUAGUUUGGGUUUCUUUCCUUGAGAAGCACUACUAAAGGCACUAAUACUGAGGAUAUGAUUAAUCACAAUGAAAGCAUGCGUGUGUGUAUAUGGUCUGUAUAUAUUUGAAUGACAUUAGUCAUGUCAUUUCUUAUAUUUGGAAGUCCAGGCUUGAAUUGCAUUUUUCCCUCUUUGAUUGUCCACUAAAAUACCAAAUUGCAUGUUUUUUUUAUACGCAUAAUUUAUUGAUGAUAAAUGAGCUACGUUUUAUAGCAAGAAAGCAUUUAUUUUGCAGUCUGACAAAUCUGCAGACUAAUAUUUUUAUGCCGUAAGCCAUGUUGUGUUUGGGGCUGCCCUCCGUCUUCCUCUCUCCUGCCGCAGUCUCUCUCUUUUCCAGUCUCAAAGGGGUUGCAUCAAAAGGCCAAGUUUUUCAGGCAACCAGCACUCGAUCUUUGGUGAAAAACCUCCUUUGGGCACAGGUUGUUGCUGGGGAACUUUUUCAUGAAGGAGCCUGAGUAAAUUCAAAGCUAUGGCUAAGCUUGCAAGCUUUGGUUGGCUGUAAAAACAGGCCUUUUCCCAGUUUCUGGAGAUGAGAAACCACUGCUGAUCAAGACUCUCACAUCUUUCCUGGUGUCCAGCACCACAUUGCACUUUACACUAAGAGGGAGCUCCCAAACAGUAAAAAAAAUAAACGCUACAAAUGAUUUGGCAUUGUUAGAUCUGCAGUCAUUUUAAGUGUAAUAAUGACGCGUUGCCAAAACAUUAUUUUCCCAAUUUUCUUCUCAGCUGUUUCUCGAUGACUUUUGCCUGCAUGAUAUUUUAUUUCCACUGCUUUUGCUUUUUGUUUUUGGACCUGUAUUGUCACAGUGGAUUUGAGCUGUUUUAUGCACAUCAUUUGAAUGAAAUGUAAAUAGAGUCUGGUCAGUGUUACUAAGAAUGAGGAGAUUGUAUAGUGCGCACGUGUAACGACUGCUGCUGAGAAUGUCUUUUACUACUUCUAGUUAUUUACUCUCAUGCGCACAAACAAGUUGUGUUCCAUGGGCAUGCACGCACGUACAUACACACACACACAGACCCUCUUAAUAAACAGUAUAAACCCA